AUUAUAUACCCAGUAUCCAGACCAAAUUCAGCCAAUUCAUUUGGACCGUCCUCUGCUUCUGAAGAUAAUGGCUUCUUUUUCGAUUGAUGAGUUUGUCGGAAAUGGAGUUCUGAAGGGUCUGCUUCCAAAGCUGUUAGAAGAAGGCUGGGAUGAUGUUCCAACACUGAAGAUCAUGACUUCUGAAGACAUGGAUGCAUUAAACAUGACACAACAGGAAAAGAAUGCAGUUGAAAUCAGGUCUUACCUUCAUGACCGAGCUCUGAUGCAAUAUGGAGAUAAGCUAGAGUCGGAUGGGAGAUCUCUGCCUGAGCUUCUUGGCUUGAGCAUCGAAGAUCUUUCUUCUCAGGUUGGUAUGAAGAGAGGCCACAUCGCCCGUUUCAUGGACAAAACAGGUGCAUGUACAGAUCAGCUUCCGAAGCCAUAUGCUCCGCCUCCAACAAAAGCAAGCAGAAACGAAAGUCUUCAGAAAAUUUAUGUUUCUGUCAACUCUAGUAAAGUACAGAGCACAAGAAAAUCCUUUGUGAGAAGGCCAACUUCUGAUAAGUCAAUAGAACAAUCGGUCGCUGAUUUCAAGAUCGAAGAUGGAUAUAUCUUCAAAGGAAUUGUUGCUGCACAACCAGCUGAGCCUAGAGCAUGCGGUUGUGUACAACCUCCUCCUAUAGUUGACACAGUUGCUCCUUACUCCGGUAUUGAAAACAUCUCCAUUCAAAAACUAACUCCAGAGUAUAAGAUUGGGAUGGACCGUUUGGUGAAAACCAAGACACCACCUAUGAAGGCUUCAGAUUUGUGGCGAGAUAAACCGGCCGUGCUCCUCUGCAUCCGACGUCCCGGGUGCAUCAUGUGUAGAGCUGAGGCUCACCAGCUCUAUGCCAAAAAACCGAUAUUUGAUGCAUUGGGAGUACAACUAUUUGCUGUUCUUCAUGAGCACAUAGAGGCAGAGGUUAAGGACUUUUGGCCCAGGUAUUGGGGUGGUGCAGUACUCUAUGAUCGUGGUAUGGUGUUCUUCAAAGCUCUUGGUGGGGGGAAACUUCUCAAGGACAAGUUCUUGUCAGGAUUUGUUUUCAACCCCCGAGCCAUUGCAAAUUACAAGCGUGCAAAAGCAAUGGGAAUAGAGCAAAACUUGAGAGGAGAAGGUGAAAUCAAGGGUGGACUCUUCAUAAUUGGGAGUGGAAAGAGUGGCAUUGCUUACCAGUUUAUUGAGAGGAAUUUUGGUGACUGGGCACCUCCGGCUGAAGUCAUCGAAAUCUGCACAAAGUUGCAGAAAGCACGUCAAGGGGAGUCCGUCAGCACAUCAAGGGAAUAUGAAUAAAAGUCACUUUCUUGUUUUACCAUUCACAUCACGUUACUUUCUUUUCCUUGUAUGAGAUGUUGCUUGAUUGCCUUGUAUGGCUUAAUUGGUAGGUUUUGUUUAUUAUUCCACUUCUUGUCUUGUAUUUGAGAAUGGGUGUUGGUGGUGGUGGUGGUGGUGAUAUUGCUGCUAGUGUGAGUGGAUUGUAUAAUUCUAUCCGACAUUCAUCUAUAAGACUAAUGUAACACUUCCAACUAAUCAUUGUUAAAUAAAUAAAAGUCACAUGGUUGAUUUGAAGUGCCA